AUGUCUGGGCGCGGGAAGCAGGGAGGCAAGGUGCGUGCCAAGGCUAAGUCCCGUUCCUCCCGAGCGGGCUUGCAGUUUCCGGUGGGCCGGAUCCAUCGCUUGCUCCGAAAGGGCAACUACGUUGAGCGCAUCGGGGCCGGUGCGCCCGUGUACCUGGCGGCGGUGCUGGAGUACCUGACGGCUGAGAUCUUGGAACUGGCGGGCAACGCCUCUCGAGACAACAAGAAGACGCGCAUUAUCCCUCGGCACCUGCAGCUGGCGAUUCGGAACGACGAGGAGCUCAAUAAGCUGCUGGGAGGAGUGACCAUCGCUCAGGGCGGCGUGCUGCCCAACAUCCAGGCGGUGCUACUGCCCAAGAAGACCGAGAGCCACCACAAAGGGCAGAGCAAGUGA